AUGUUCCGUCGUCUAGUAACAGUUGUUCCUCGCUCCGGCGUCCUUUCGCCUCGCAGCGUCACCCCGGCCGUCUCCGGAAUCCAGCAAGCCAAAAUACUGACCAUCCCUGCACUGUUGGACCACUACUCCAACCCAAGAAACGUCGGCUCCAUGGCCAAGUCUAUGGAUGUUGGUACCGGUCUCGUCGGCGCCCCGGCCUGUGGCGAUGUCAUGAAGCUUCAGAUCCGCGUCGACAAGGACAGCAACAAGAUCAGCGACGUCAAGUUCAAGACUUUCGGUUGCGGUAGCGCUAUUGCCAGCUCGAGUUAUCUGACUGAGUUGGUCCGCGGAAUGACCCUCGACGAGGCCGCUAAGAUCCGUAACACCGAUAUCGCCAAGGAGCUGUGCUUGCCUCCUGUCAAGCUGCACUGCUCUAUGCUUGCCGAAGACGCCAUCAAGUCCGCCAUCUCGGAUUACUACACCAAGAACCCUCGCACCGUGAAGACCGAUCUGUCCGGCACGGGCGCCUCUAUCCCUGAGGUGCAGGUGGAGGUUGAGAAGACCAGCAGCGCUACUGCUUAA